GCAGGACAGUUCGCGCCGAAGACGCCGCGAAAACGGAGCAGAAGCUGGAGCACCGUCUGGGCGGCAUCCUCUGCUGCGCAGUAUGCCUCGAUUUGCCUCGCGCGGCCGUCUAUCAGGUUUAAACUUCAAAGUGAUGUGUGCUAAUGGACACUUGAUGUGUGCUGGUUGCUUCACUCAUGUCCUCGCAGAUGCCAGGCUGCGGGAUGAGAUGGCAACAUGUCCCAACUGCAGAAUCGAAAUCAGCAAAACCACCGCGUCACGAAAUCUAGCAGUCGAAAAAGCCGUGUCUGAGUUACCUGCUGAAUGUCAAUAUUGCGCGAAGGAAUUCCCACGAAAUUCCUUAGAACACCAUGAAGAGGCUAUGUGUGAGGAAAGGAUAUCUAGUUGCAAAUAUAGUAGAAUCGGUUGUCCGUGGCGAGGCCCGAAUCACGAGAUUCCGGAACAUGAAAGCCACUGCGUUCAUCCUCAUCGUACGGGUGCGGACGUGAUGGAGGCUUUGUGUGAGAUCGAUGCUCGUACCUUGGAAGAACGUAGGCUCUAUGACAAUGUCUUUGAUCUUUUGUCCUACGAGAAAAUCACGUUCAACGAUUUACAGAUGAAGCCAUAUCGCACUGAUGAAUUUAUUCACAAACUAUUUUACGAAACCUCUCGAUUUGGCGCUUUCAACAAUCAAUGGGUAGUAAAGGCCAGAAUCAACAGUAAUCAACGCGAUCCUACUCAAAGUUCAGAGCGAGACAUAACUUACCAACUGAUAUUAAAGACAAAAACUACUUAUCCGCUACCAGUUUAUUACUUGAUCUUGAAAGGCCCGUUCGGCGAUAUGAAGGUCCAUCCGAGAAUUCACAGAUUCGAAUUCACCGAGCAAGAAAACGAGAGUCCGUAUUUUACGUUACCUCUACCGGACACGGCGGAAUGCAAUAGACUUCUUGCAGCUAAAGCCAUCAGUUUUAGACUAAUAAUGUUCCUGGCGUCUAAGUAGCUUACAACGAUGUAUCUAUUGUCAAGAUUUUGUCACAAAUGGAAUCGAUCUUCGACGAGAUCUUCUAGACGUAAUGACAAAUAACAAUUAUAGAGAU